AUGAUUGUUCGUCCGAAUUGGUCCAAAUACCGCAAUGAGUACUUUGCAUCGGUUGCAGCAACAUUAUCAGUGUUCAUGGUGGUCACCACCAAUGCGUGGUCUUCGCCGGCACUGGUCAAACUGCAGUCGGAAGAUUCGCCCUUUCCGGUGACGCUGGAUGAAGGUUCGUGGGUGGUGGCGAUACAAGCUAUCGGAGCGGUGCUUGGACCUAUUGUUGCUGGAUUAUCAGUGGAUAGAAUCGGCCGGAAGGUUACUCUUUUGGGCACUAUUAUCCCCAUCAUUGCCGGGUGGGUACUGGUUGGAGUAGGAGACACAGUCGCAUAUUUGUAUGCAGCACGCUUCAUGUUUGGAGUUUCCUACGGGACAGCUUACUCCGUAUCGCCCAUCUACCUUGGAGAGAUAACGUCAGACACUAUACGAGGGUCCGCUGGAACGCUGAUUACGGUACUGGCGAAGAUGGGUUAUUUGGCGGUAUACUGUGUGGGGCCAUACGUGGAGUACCGGACGCUGGCGUGGCUUGGAAUGGUUGGUCCAGCUUUGUUCGUAUUCUGCUUUAUAUGGAUGCCAGAAUCACCAAUACAUCUUCUAGCUAAAAAUAACGACGAAGCGGCUCAGAAGAGCCUCUCCUGGUUACGACGUUCUUCUACCGUGGUUGAUGAAUUGGCGACGUUAAAAGUUUCCGUGCAACAAUCACAAAAGGAACGUGGCACAAUUAUGGAGUUAUUUUCGCCAGUCUACCGUAAAAAUAUCGGCAUCACUGUAAUGUUGGUAUUUGGAAUGCAGAUGACUGGAAUGUUAGUAAUUCUUGGAUAUGCUCAAACAAUUUUCGAAAAAAUAUCAACUGACCUAACAUCAGCGGAAAUGUCCAUCGUAUUGGGAGUCGUUCAGAUGGUUGCAGCAAUUUUUCCAGCUGUGCUUGUCGAUCGAAUGGGUCGUCGUCCUUUGAUGCUGAUUUCAACCUUCGGAACCACACUUGGUUUGGCAACCUGUAGUAUUUACUUUGCAGUAGACGAAAUAAAUGGUGCUUCCGAACUCGGCUGGAUAGCUUUCACUUCACUGCUAGUGUACAUUGUGUCGUACAAUUUGGGUUUAUCUACGGUAUCUUUUUCGAUUAUCAGUGAAAUUUUUCCGAAAAAUAUUCGCGCAUAUGCAACGGCAGCUUUCGUCAUGCUCGGUGCCGUAAUAGUAUUUGGUUUGGCGAAAUUAUUUCAAGUUACGCUGGAUGAAGUGGGUCCCUGGUUGCCAUUUGCGAUAUUCGGCUGCUGUGGUGCCAUUGCCUGUGUGCUUAUCUACCUUUAUAUUCCGGAAACCAAAGGAAAAUCCCUGGAUGAAAUUCAGGUUAUUCUCGCCGGGAAGCAUUCGAAACAUCAGUAUUAG